AUUCGCGGCUUCAUUGGGGCAUCAAUGCACAUCCCAGAGUGGCCGGUAUUAGGCAUGAUAUACGAUGACAGGCUAGUUAAGCAGAUCGCUAGUAUUCAGUCUCUUCCGUAGUGUAGAGAAAGUGGGUGGCUUGUUUUAAAUAUUUUAAUUAACAAAUGAGGGAUGCGUGCACCGAUACAUAAGAAUACGACAAAUUAUGAUAUGAGACGGACGACAAAGGAAGGGUUCAUUUAUGUAGAAUAAGUUUAAGUGUGUAUGGUAAACCUAUCUGCCUCGUAUUACAUAUACAGCAAUCCACCUCCUGUGGUGUGCAAGAAAACGGUAUAUUGGGAUCAUGUUGAGCCGUUUGCAGGAGUUGAGGAAGGAAGAGGAGACACUUUUGAAGAUAAAAGUUAUGUUGCAAGACCAGCUAAACAGGCUGAAGUUUGAAGAAGGGGCUUUGAAGUCAAUGAUAAAUGCUCAGAGGGAGGACAGCCCUGCUCAGACCAGUGAUUCACAGAAUAUAGAACAGCUGGAUGAUGAGAGCAAGAUUAACCACACCAUUCUGCAACUGAGCACUAUUGGGGAAUGUGACAUGGAGGAGGAGGAGGAGGAAGAGGAGGAGGAGGAGGAGGAGGAGGAUGAUGAUGAGUUGGAGGUUGUGACAGAUGAUGAGGAUGGCGAUUACUGAGUUUUCUGGAGAGCUAUAAAUGUACAUACACAUCUGUCUUUUUUUAACCAUUUUGCAGUGAUCUGAGAGGUUGACCUGAACUUUCACCUCUAAUAUGGGGUCAGUGCAAGAGUAUUGUUCCCAUUAUUUGCUUGUUUCUUUGUAGCCAACAUCAUCAUUUACAUUUGAUGAUAAAAUACUCAUAGCUAUUUCUGUUUAACACCUACUGCUUGUAAAAGCAACUAUGUGUUUUAAAUAUAAAAUAGUUUAGAAGUUGUUUAAUUUCUGCACCACAAAAUUGUGUGAAGAUUUUUAUUUCCACCAGUAAAGCAUUCAGGACUAUUAAGCAAAUGCUGGUGCAAAACACAUUGAUGUUCAGAAUUAAUUUCAUGUAGACUUUGCAAAGUAAGCAUAUAAAACAGAAAAUUAAAGAAGUGUCUACUUUGAUAACAAAUUCUUCAAAGAUCUCACAAGUAAUCCACACAAGAUGUACAAGUAUUGGCUUGUAAAAAAAGAUUUUACAAAGAAUUGAGUCAAAUCAGAUUAAUGAUGUCACACUGAACAAAAAAAUUAGCUUAUGUGAAGUGGGAAACUUGGUAAAACACGGGAAUUAGAAAACCCAGGAAAUAGAAACACUUGCUCUUAUGCAUCACUCAUUUUUUGACUAUUGCAAGAAUGUAGCAACCUCCAGCAUCACCUUUUUUUGAAGAUAUUUAUUUUUGGGAGUGGGGGGUGGUCUUGCCUUAAGCUGUAAAUCAGUUCUCCUGCCUGCUAACUUGUUUGCUGUCAAUGUUUACUGUUUAUUAACAUUUUAGUGUUAUUUUCUAUAAGCACAAGCAUGAGAAUAUGCUCUUGACUGAAGCACACUUAAGGUCUGUGACUGUGAGGAGUGCCAUGAAACUUUGUAAAACUGAAAAUAAACAGCCCUAGUGGCUAAAUUUGUGCUG